AAAAAAAUGCCGUUACGGAUCAAUCAUAAAAAUAAAUAAUAAAAAAAAAAAAAGCCGGAGCCGGGGCAUUUCUAGGGUUAGGGUUUUGAUUUGAACAUGGAAGUGAAGAAUCUUCUCAAGGACAAGAAGUUCUGGCUCGCUUCCUUUCUCAUUGCCUGGGCCGCAGCUCUCCAGGGGCAUAUGAUGUGGUUGCAGAGGCAGGACUCCUUCAAGCAGAAGUUUGGUACUCUCAAUACAAAUGGUAGUGAUGAUGAGAAAUGAAUCACCCCUGUGCUAUGUUUGAAGCAAAACAGGGACUUGGUAGCUGUUGAUUUCAAGUCCUUCAUCUGAAAUCGUUCUGUUGAAUACUGGUGAAACUGAUUACAUAAACUAUAAAGGGAAAAAACCCCCGGUUUCUUUUUUAUUUGGAUAAUUAUCAAGUUCUUGUUCUUAUGGGCUUGCUUACAUGCUACCAGUGUUGCCUGUUUGGAUUUAAUUUUCAAUUUUUCUGGGAACACCAGGAGAUGCACUGAAUUUAAGUAGUGCGAAAGAUAACUAGGAGCAUUUUCAAUGGUUCUUUACUUAAUUUGGAUAUUGCGCAUGCGUGUGAUGCUAAGUGAUAAGUGUAAAGAAGAGUGAGUUAUUCUUGGAUAUUGCUGUUGGUCGGUUAAUUCCACUUUGAGGAAUUUGUGUGAACUCCCCGUAUUGAAAGGCCUAGUUGGGACUCACCAGGAAAAAGCUUGUUUUAUAGGAAGUUGGUUGCCAUUAGGCUUAGGUGGAGAACUUUUAAGUUCAGUAUGACCUCGUUGGGUUUACAUAUAUUCUCAUAGCCCCCAAUAUAUAGUGGUUGUGAUCUACCAGUGAAAAGUUGUGAAACUAGUUGAAUAUGUUUAUAAGUGACGAACUCUUGCUUACAGGUUAUGACUUAUGUGUAUAGUUUUGAGCA